UAAUGCCCGUUACUCCGAACUCAGACACAUACACUGCAGAUACACAUUCAACCGGUGGAAUUGAGGAAACUUCAAGUUAAGGGGUUAUUUCUUCUACGCAACAUUGGGAAAUAUUGUAUUUAAGAGUUAAAUACAUACAGUAGAGUACAAUGGUUUCUUUCAGAGUUAUAUUUUUACCAGAAAACAUGUCGUGUAACUUUUAAUUUUGACUGGGUCUGACUUGGACUUACCGAAGCGUUCAGAAGUUGUUUUACAUGCUGCCUUUGACGCAGAAAGCCGAGCUGUGGACUUGGAGACUUUUCAGAAAUUAUGAAGACCAAUUUUACGAACAUUUUUUGUUGGAUAAUAUUGCAUAAUGCGUGAAUGAUUCUCGAUUUAUUUCAAAGGAGCUACUUUAGCUUUCAGUAAAAACAAGGAGCUAGUUUGAAGAAACACAAUUGAAACUCAUUGAAACCGUACGUCAGAGACACACUGACUACAAACUGGACAUACAAUGACAAGCUGUUGGUUUGCCUUUGUGGGUUUGUGGUGGAGCGCUUAUUGCAUGUUCCUUAUUGCAGGUAGCAAUUAUUUAUUCGAUGGGAACAACGAGGUGCACCCAAGUUUCAUUCACCGGCGGUUGCGGACUCACGAAAAGAGAGAGAUGCAGAAGGAGAUCCUCUCCAUCCUUGGACUUCCACACAGACCCAGACCGCAUCUGUCACAUGGAAAGUACAACUCCGCUCCGCUCUUCAUGCUGGAUCUUUACAAUACGAUAUCCAGCGAGGAGAAAAACGACGUGGAGGGCAUGUUGGAACAGUACCAGUCCAUCUACACCACCCAAGGUCCCCCUUUGGCAACAUAUCAGGAGAAUGCCUUCCUAAAUGACGCCGACAUGGUGAUGAGCUUUGUCAAUUUGGUGGAGGACGAUAGAGAGCUGUCGCCACACAGACGGCACCACAAGGAGUUCAAGUUCAACCUGUCCCAGAUCCCAGAGGGAGAGGCUGUCACCGCCUCCGAGUUCCGCCUCUACAAGGAGUGUGUGAGCCGGACCUUCCGCAACGAGACMCUCCUGCUCAACGUCUACCAAGUGGUACAGGAGCACCCCAACAGGGAAGCAGACCUGUUCCUGCUGGAGUCUCGCAGGCUGUGGGCGGCCGAGGAGGGCUGGCUGGAGUUUGACAUCACGGCCACCAGUAACCUGUGGGUGAUGAGUCCCCACAACAACAUGGGCCUCCAGAUCAGAGUGGAGACCAGCAGUGGGCGGAGCAUUAGCUCCAAGGAGGCGGGGCUAGUUGGGCGUGACGGAGCGCUGGAGAAGCAACCCUUCAUGGUGGCCUUCUUCAAAGUCAGCGAGGUGCACAUCCGCACCGCCCGCUCCACCAACAAGAACCGCAACAAGAACCGCAACCGCCCCACACAGCCCCAGGAAGGAGGCUCCAGGGGCCCAAGCCCAGCAGAAUACAACAGCAGUGACCAGAAGACAGCCUGUAGGAGACAUGAGCUCUACGUCAGCUUCCGGGAGCUGGGCUGGCAGGACUGGAUCAUUGCACCUGAGGGCUACGCAGCCAACUACUGUGACGGAGAGUGCUCCUUCCCCCUCAACGCCCAUAUGAAUGCCACCAACCAUGCCAUUGUGCAGACACUGGUCCACCUCAUGAACCCAGAGAACGUGCCCAAGCCCUGCUGCGCCCCCACCAAGCUGCACGCCAUCUCCGUGCUCUACUUCGACGACAACUCCAAUGUCAUCCUGAAGAAGUACAAGAACAUGGUGGUGAGGGCAUGUGGCUGCCACUGACGACCGCCAAACUGCCGCGUCAUCAUGGUCACCCGCCCAUGGGCUGCAGCGGAGACUGUGUGCACACGACAUCAUGGGUCUGCCUGUUUGUGAGUGUGUGUUGUGUACUACUCUCUCCUCUCCCAUACUCAGGGCGAGGGAGGAACUGAUAAAUAGACCAGACCAACGUGCUGCUUCCCCCCCCUCCUCCUUUCAAAACUAAGUGGUGUUCAUGUUCUCAGACGGCUAAUGGCCCAUUACAGCGAAACAACUCAACKGCGUCGGGGAAUUGACUCAAUGUUAUCUCAAUACUGACAGCCAACCUGUUACAUGAGGUCAGAUGUAGUCAAAUGACACAAAACAUGUAGAAAUCCUUUUAUAGGACCACAGGGGAAAAGCAUUAGCCUAACUACACCAUUUUAAUAGAGAUGUAUGUAUAUUGUCUAACCAAAGCCUGAUUUUAACAUGAACAAUCUGCUGAAAUAUUCAUGAAAUGUAUGCCACGAUACAUUACAGUUAAUGUAAAAAGAUCCAGAUAUUUCCUCUUUA